UACAGUCAGAGUUUAAAAAAAAAAGGAUGUGAUACGAAGUAUCUUGUCUAGUAUUUAUUCAUGCGGUGCGAAGCAGUCCUCUUCUGACCUGUGUUCUGCCAUGGUUCCGACAUUUGGGUGAACACACGGGCUUAACUUAACAGGAGCUCACUUAUUAGCUCCCGUUAGCAUGAGCGCUAGUUAGCAUUAGCUCCCGUUAGUAUCAGCUGCCGUUAGCAUUAGCAUUAGCUGAUCACUACAGUUUAUGCUGCUUUCAGGUGCUCCUUGUGGACGGCACCGACAUGAUUUGAAAAGGUUGCUCGCUGAACUGAGUUCUCCGAUACGGAGUAAAUCAAAUCAACAUUCACUGUCGGAUUAUUAAAUAAAGUAUUUCUAUAUGGAUUUAUAAUCGCAUAAAUGUUUUUUUUUGACCAACCACACACAUCGUCGAUACAUACAAAUGUCACAUUCAAAUCGUUAUGCAGCUUGAUAAGCCCGCUGUCACUUGUGCGUUUCAGACAAACUGUCAUGAGUUUGCGUGUUGCUUUGCAGUUCAGGCAACAUUCGACAACCUCACCGAGCCUAAAUAAAACAAGGAAAGAAAGAAGCCUUUGGCCCGCAAGUGAACUGUGGUGCAAACGUGAAGCGGGCUGACCAGAGUCAUAAUGAAUAUGGGUUCAUAUCAGAUCCCCUUCAAAAAGAGAGCGCAUAUUUGAAGGGUUGAGCCGGGUACGGACGCUCCGUUUGGGCCGCCUGCUGUAGCCAAAGCAGCUGUGAUGUCCAUAUGAGGUCGAGUCCAAAGUGUCACGACGGAACAGCGUGAAGCCCACUGCGGGACCAAACAUCAGGCGGGUGCUUGAGGAUGCGGCGAGGCGAGCCCAUUUCACCGGCUUUCCAGGCCCCGGUGGAUGUCCACGCCAGUGCCGAUGGCCAGGUUUACAUGUUCAACAGGAGGCCCAAUGAGUCGUCUGUGUCCUCAGAGGACGAGGAGCUCACCGUCAUGGAGAUGAGGCCGCGGGUUUUCCAGGAUCCGGGGCCGGCCACUGUGAGGAACGUGCUGCUCCUGGAGCGGGAGGUGCUAGAUGGCGACAACCUCAACAAGCUGGCGCUGCAAUAUGGCUGCAAGGUGGCAGAUAUAAAGCGGGUGAACAACCUCAUGCAAGAACAAGAUUUAUUUGCUUUGAAAUCCAUCAAAAUACCGGUUCAGAAACACAGCUUUUUAACAGAGAUGCACAGCGACCGAAGCGACCUUCAAGAAGAAAUGCCACAUUCUUCCACCACACCAGUGAAGCCCCUGGACCGAGCCAGAGUCCAACCACAUCUGCAGGAGGUCACAGAUUUUCUCAUGGAGGUGGACCACGAUAUCGAGAAACUGAUUCAGACCACAAACGAUCAAGAUGACGAUUUCUUGGAUGGCUCAGAGAAACGGCGGCUGUGUGGUGUCAGAGGGCAGCGUCUGACCGGUCAGGGUGCAGACUGGGGCAUCCAGUGGUGGAACGCUGUCGUCGCCAUGCUCCUGAUAGGCAUCGUGCUGCCGCUUUUUUAUGUCAUUUAUUUUAAGACGAAGGAUAACGGGGUCGUCGGUGGCGACGGGUCUGUCCUGUCGUCCACCACCUCUUCAAACUCCUCCGGGACGGGCCUUGAUGCAAGAGGACCGGAGCACUUUCAAGAACCAGGAUAGGUGGAAACGGGAAUCAUUUUUAAGACUGUACCGCUCGAUGGGCAAUCAGGAUAAAGCUAAUUUUCAAUUGUGCAAUACCCCCACAUGUCUGAGAAUUUAUAUAUAUAUAUAUAUUUAUAUAUAAUAUAUAUAUAUAUAUAUAUAAUAUUUUAUACCUUAAAAACUGACGGAUACUUCAAUGAUUGCCAUAAAGGGAAAUUGUUAGAAUUAAGGGUACUUAAUAUUCUAUCGAACUGCUUUGAUAACAGUUUUGUGAUCCUUUGGUUUUGGUGAUCACAGUUACUCCUUCUUUCCCAAAUUUGAGAUGUAAAAUGGUCUUAAGGUCGUCACGUGACAAACGCUGUGUUGUAAUUGCAAAUAGAAAAUGUACUUUAUAUGAAAGAAACAAUCUUUCUGUGCCUUUACAGUAUCAGCACAUCAAGAAGUGUCCUCAUAUCAGUGUUGUAUGUUGACACCAUCUUAAUGUCUAUCCCUAUACAUUAAUAUAUAUUUUAAAGAUUUGCCUAUACAAAGGGGAGAACUUUAACUUUCAGUGUUCAGUUUGUGCCUUGUUUGAGUGAACUGAUUUGUGUGUUGAUUCUUUGGUUGUUGCCGUACACCUUAAUGCCCCCUCUCUCCGGGUCUGAGUACAGUGCCAAAUGUGUACGUUUGUGUUUACAGUGAGAAUUUGUUGCAAUUCUUCAAUCCUCUUAGAUUGUUUGUGCUCAUUCGACAGCUACCGAUCUUUAAUCUUCAAGUGGUUGGAUUUUGUGGCAAUAACUUCUCGCCAUUAGUUAUCCGUAAGUUUUCGCCAUUCAGUGUGAUAUAAAAAAAAGUGCCUUAAACCUUUGUCAGGUGGUAUAGUGUUGCACACGCUGUCUGAUGGGGGAUGGAGUCCACCAUCAGCAGGUGGCGAGCUUGCGUAGCUUGUCUAAUUUUGAAGACUAAAGUAUUUUAAUGGAUGGAUUUUGAUGACCUAUUUUUCAAACGUCUAAGUCAGUUUAGCAAAAAUGACAUGAUGGAUGUCCAAUAAUGUUUUUUGUGUUGCAUGUUCCUAUUUAAAUAUAAACAUUACGGAGGAAAAGUCUUCAGAAAGUA